GACUCGUGGGAGGAAGUUCGUCCAUGGAGGGCAGGGUUGAAGUUUACCAUGACGGGCGGUGGGGGACCGUCUGUGACGACAGUUUUGACAUGACUGACGCCCACGUGGUCUGUCGUGAGCUGGGAUACGGAGGCGCUGCCGAGGUCCGAGGAUCAGCAGCCUUCGGGGAGGGGUCCGACCUGAUCUGGCUGGACGAUUUGGCCUGUGGGGGUUCCGAGACAAACGUCGAAUACUGCAGGCACAGCGGAUGGGGUUCACAUAACUGUGGGCACAGUGAGGACGCUGGUGUUGUCUGCCAGAAAGCCAUCCGACUCGUGGGUGGAAGUUCCUCCAAUGAGGGCAGGGUUGAAGUGUACGAUAACGGACAGUGGGGGACCGUCUGUGACGACGAAUUUGACAUGAACGACGCCCAAGUGGUCUGCCGUCAGCUGGGAUACGGAGGCGCUGACGACGCCCGAUCUGACGCAGCCUUCGGGGCGGGGUCAGACCCGAUCUGGCUGGACAACUUGGCCUGCGGGGGUUCCGAGUCAAGCAUCGAAUACUGCAGGCACAACGGAUGGGGCACACAUAACUGUGGGCACAAUGAGGACGCUGGUGUGGUCUGCUCGGUCGGCCUCCGACUCGUGGGUGGAAGUUCGUCCAGCGAGGGCAGGGUUGAAGUGUACUAUGACGGACAGUGGGGGACCGUCUGUGACGACGAGUUUGAUUUUUUCGACGCCAUCGUGAUCUGCCGUCAGAUGGGAUACGUAAUGGCUGUCGAGACCCGAUCUGACGCAGCCUUCGGGGCGGGGUCAGGUCAGAUCUGGCUGGACAACUUGGCCUGUGGGGGUUCCGAGACAAACAUCGCACACUGCAGCCACAACGGAUGGGGCUCACAUAACUGUGGGCACAGUGAGGACGCGGGUGUUGUCUGUUUUGACGAUCAACCAGGACAGGCAGAAGAUUGCCAGGAGGGGAAUGGAGCGUCCUACCGAGGAACCAUCUCUGUGACCGCAUCAGGCAGGACGUGUCAACGCUGGGACAGUCAGUUUCCUCAUAUACACGUCAAGACACCUGCUAAUCACCCAUCAUCCGGACUGGAGCACAACUACUGCCGGAACCCGGACGGCGAACACGGAAUCUGGUGCUACACCACGGAUCUCUUCAAGAGAUAUGAGUAUUGUGACGUUCCAUUCUGUGGAGGUUGCCAGGAGGGGAAUGGAGCGUCCUACCGAGGAACUGUCUCUAUGACCGCAUCAGGCAGGACGUGUCAACGCUGGGACAUUAGGUUUCCUCAUAUCCACGACAACACACCUGAUAAUAAACCAUCAUCCGGACUGGACGAGAACUUCUGCCGGAAUCCUGACGGCUCACAGAGAGUCUGGUGCUACACCAUAGAUCUCUUCAUGAGAUGGGAGUAUUGUGACGUACCAUUCUGUGGGCGGUAAUCCUGAGGAGCACAUUGGAUUUAAACUCGUGUGGGGUACCAAUGUGCAGUGCUGGUCAGAACCCACUGGUUACCAACAAGGGACUUCACACAUCAGUGUAAUCUAUUCAUUAUUGAUAUGCAUAGCUGCACAAAGAAACACUCACCUGAGUUUUGA